UGUUCAAAGUGAAAGACGGGCAAAUAAAAAUAAUAAAGUCGAGAAAAAAGCCAAAAUGAAAUCCGAUUUUGAAGUCCGUCGUUCUGGACAUUUCCAAGAAGAUCAAAAACAAAAUAAGAGCCUGAAAACUCUUCAGUAUUUCUCUACGGUUUCCCUCACCGUAACAACCCUGUGGCUGUUUUCUUUUCUUUAGUUUAGUUAGAUUUUGUUGAUGGGCCAAUCAGUUUCGGCGGCGAAGCUAAGGAGCCGUCCAGAUUGGAACCAUCGCCAACGGUCAAAACCGAAAUCAACGGCUCUGAUCUGUCCGAUGCAAGCUGAGGAAACUGAAGAGCUUGAACGAAGUAACACAGAUGAAUCGUCGGAUUUCAUCUCGGAUCUUCCUGACGAGUGUUUGGCUUGUAUUUUCCUGUCUCUUAGCCCCGCUGACCGAAAACGAUGCUCUCUAGUUUGCCGGCAGUGGCUUCUGAUUGAAGGACAGAGCCGUCACCGAUUAUCUCUCAACGCACAAUCAGAUCUGCAACCUCUCAUUCCUUCUAUCUUCUCUCGUUUCGAUGCUGUUACGAAACUGGCUCUGAAAUGUGACCGUAGAUCUGUUAGCAUAGGCGACGAAGCGCUUGUUCUAAUCUCCGAGCGUUGCCGGAAUUUGACUCGCCUUAAGCUCCGAGCUUGCCGUGACUUGACCGAUGCAGGAAUGUUGGCGUUCGCUAAAAACUGCAAGGGUCUAAAGAAGCUCUCCUGUGGUUCUUGCGCUUUCGGAGCCAAAGGCAUGAACGCUGUGCUCGACAAUUGUCCAGCACUCGAGGAACUCUCCGUGAAACGACUUCGUGGCAUCACCGACGGCGCUGCAGCUGAGCCGAUUGGGCCUGGGGUGGCUGCGGCGGCGUUGAAAACAAUUUGCUUAAAAGAGCUUUAUAAUGGGCAGUGUUUUGGUCCGCUUAUUAUUGGUGCAAAGAAUCUGAAAUCUUUGAAACUUUUUAGAUGCUCUGGCGAUUGGGAUAAGCUUUUCCCACUCAUAGUGGAACGGGUCGCGGGUAUGGUAGAGAUCCAUAUGGAGCGGAUCCAAGUCAGCGAUGUCGGUCUUGCGGCUAUCUCCAACUGUUCAAAACUAGAAAUUCUUCACCUCGUUAAGACUCCCGAGUGUACAAACGCCGGACUCGGAGCUGUUGCAGAGAAAUGCAACUUGUUAAGGAAGCUUCACAUUGAUGGAUGGAAAGCAAAUCGAAUAGGUGACCAAGGAUUAAUUGCUGUUGCAAAAUCUUGCACCAAUUUACAAGAAUUAGUUCUUAUUGGUGUUAAUCCCACCAAACUGAGUUUGGAAAUGUUAGCUUCUAAUUGUCCAAAUUUAGAACGGUUAGCCUUAUGCGGUAGCGAUACGGUUGGUGAUGCAGAGAUAUCGUGUAUUGCUGUGAAAUGUAUUGCCUUAAAGAAGCUUUGUAUCAAGAAUUGCCCUGUUUCGGAUCAUGGCAUGGAAGCGCUUGCUAGUGGUUGCCCUAAUUUGGUUAAAGUGAAAGUGAAGAAAUGUAGAGGAGUUACUUCGGAAGGGGCAGAUUGGUUAAGAUCAACUCGAGGAUCACUUGUCGUUAAUUUGGAUAUCAAUUUGGAUAUAGGCGAGCAUUUAGAUGCAAGUGCCAGUGAUGGUGGGGCACAAGAUAAUGGAAUUGAAUUUCCUCCAAUGGUGGGCAGUCAAAUUGGAGCUUCUAGUAUUGCAUCGAGCAGUACAGGUCGAUCGACGUCAUUCAAGUUGUUAGGGCUUAUGAGUGGGAGGAGUUUUGUGGCUUGCACAUUAAGGAGGUUGGCAAGUAGUUCUCGGAGUUAACUCGGAAUUGCAACAACAACAAAAAGAAAAAGAGUGAAAAUAGAAAGCACUUUUGGUAUUGAACUGUUUGCAUUAUUUUUCUGUUGGUAGUUCUCCCUUUUUUGUGUAUUUAAUUCAAUUCUGUGUGCUGAUGAUUGCCUUUUGAAUUCAAUCUUCAUCUUCAACAUUUUAUAGUUCUCAAUUUGAUCUGUUGGUUUGUAGUUCCUUUAUUUAGCAAGCUCUGUCUAUGUCUUCAUUCUUCUCAAACAUAUUUGUCCUAUACUGGAAUUUAAAGAACAUCUUUCUGAUUAA